UGCUGCCAGGGUAACAUGCACAGCUCGAGCUGCUCCGGAGUGUCCCUUAGCCCGGGUGGGUCCCUGUCGGUGACACGGAUGACACAGCUGAGGUUUGACCCUUUGGAACGGUGCUGUACAUGUGGCACUCUGGUUAUCGCUGGGCUCAGCCUGCGCCGCUGCGGGGUUUUCUUAUCUUGUCAUUCUCGUAAAGCCGACAUUAUCUGGUUCUGUGUGCUGCAAGCUGGGAAAGUGUUAAUUACUGUCUUCCCCUCAAAAUGUGUUUCUGCAAAACGAGAUAUUGAAGGUCCUGUUCAAAAUCAGCAGAUGCAUUCCUCAGAUGGCCAGGGAUUCGGCCCUGCAGUUCCAGGAUCGUACUCUCAUCAGAUGCUGGCAAAGGUUCCUCCACACCAGUCUUCUGGACAGUAUAGUUAUAGUGGCUCUCAGAAUGUUUCUCAAUCAAACAACUACCAAGGACCUGGCCAGACUCUCAAUAGACCACCAGUGGCAGCUUUCUCUGGGUCACCAGUACAACAGCUAGGUCCUGUUCCACAAGUGCUGCCACCUGCAUUACAGAACUCAGCUGCUGUAUCAUCUGCUGGGAACUUUCCUCCUGGGGCCAGCCCACCGGUGCUUUCAAACUGGCAGUACAGCCAGACUUCUGUGAGUCAGCCACUUGGGGCUCAAACAAGCCAUUUGGCUCAUGUGCCUGGGACAGGGUCAACUCAGCCACCGUUGUCAUUAUCAGGAAGUACAAAUCCUGCAGGGAGUUACCAAUAUACUGCUUCUCCAGGGGCUCCUCCACUGCAGAACAGCUACAUGAAGCCAGGAUCCGCACCACCACCGGUUACUCAGCCUUUAACUCCACUCCACCCUCCAAGGCCACCUUUAGGACCUCCACCAGUCAGUGGUCCACCUAGGCCAUCAGCAGCAGUAGCAGGACCACCUACUGCACAGUCUCUGCUAAACUCAGCUGCAAACCAAGAAGGUGAUGCCACAUCUACUGCCAGUGAUGGGUCUGUAGUGCAAAACAGCUACGACACAAUCGAAGGUGGUGGCCUUAUGGCAACUCCCCAUCAUUCUCCUGCAGCCCCAAAUCUUAAGAUGAAUAGAAGUGUUGGGUAUUCUUACCCUGCCUUGCCUCCAGGCUACCAACAUACUUCUCCACCUGGAGCACCAGGAAUGAAUGCAUCUGCUUUGCAAUAUCCAGAUGGAUCAAAACAUUUCCACCAGCCUGCCCUGGGCACUAAUCACUUAACUGCAUCAAUGGGUGGUCUGAGUCUACAGCAAGAAGGGUUAAGACCUGUGAAUCUUCUUCAAGAAAGAAAUAUUCUUCCUACCACCCUUUUGAAGGCUCCUGUCCCCAACUUGCAUGAGGACAUCCAGAAGCUCAACUGCAAUCCCGAGUUGUUCCGCUGUACCCUGACUAACAUUCCUCAAACUCAGGCCUUAUUGAAUAAAGCCAAACUUCCUUUGGGGCUCCUGCUUCAUCCUUUCAAAGACUUAUCGCAAUUGCCAGUGGUCACUUCCAGUAUUAUUGUGAGAUGCCGUUCCUGCCGGACGUACAUCAACCCCUUUGUCAGCUUCCUAGAUCAAAGGAGAUGGAAAUGCAAUUUGUGCUAUAGAGUCAAUGAUGUUCCUGAAGAAUUCCUGUAUAAUCCUGUGACAAGAGUUUAUGGAGAACCUCAUAAAAGACCUGAAGUCCAGAAUGCUACUAUUGAGUUUAUGGCUCCAUCUGAAUACAUGCUGCGUCCACCUCAGCCACCUGUGUACCUCUUUGUGUUUGAUGUCUCUCACAAUGCAGUAGAGACAGGAUACUUGAACACAGUCUGCCAGACGUUGUUAGACAAUCUUGACUCGCUUCCUGGGAACACUAGAACAAAAAUAGGCUUCAUAACGUUUGACAGCACAAUCCAUUUCUACAGUCUUCAGGAAGGUCUCUCUCAGCCUCAGAUGCUUAUAGUUUCAGAUAUUGAAGAUGUAUUUAUACCAAUGCCAGAAAACUUAUUAGUAAAUUUAAAUGAAAAUAAAGAGCUAAUUCAGGAUCUGUUGAAGACAUUGCCACAGAUGUUCACCAAGUCUCUGGAAACUCAGAGUGCUCUGGGGCCUGCGUUACAGGCUGCCUUUAAACUGAUGUCCCCUACUGGAGGUAGAAUCACUGUCUUCCAGACACAGCUUCCAUCUGUGGGAAUGGGAGCACUAAAGUCACGAGAAGAGCCAAACCAAAGAGCAACAGCAAAGGAUAUACAUCUGACACCAUCGACUGAUUUCUACAAGAAGUUGGCCUUGGAUUGCUCAGGGCAACAGGUUGCAGUGGAUUUGUUUCUUCUUAGUGGGCAAUAUUCUGACUUGGCUUCUCUAGGUUGUAUAUCAAGGUAUUCUGCAGGUAGUGUCUACUACUACCAGUCUUACCAUCAUAAACACAACCCUGUCCAGGUGGAAAAAUUGCAAAAGGAACUGAAGCGUUAUUUAACUAGAAAAAUUGGGUUUGAGGCUGUCAUGAGGAUAAGAUGCACCAAAGGUCUUUCCAUUCAUACUUUCCAUGGGAACUUCUUUGUACGAUCUACAGACUUGUUGUCAUUACCCAAUGUAAACCCUGAUGCGGGAUACGCUGUGCAAAUGUCAGUGGAAGAAAGUCUUACUGAUAUGCAAGUUGUUUCUUUUCAGUCAGCUCUCCUGUACACCUCCAGCAAAGGUGAAAGACGAAUUCGUGUCCACACUAUGUGCUUACCUGUAGUCACAACACUGAGUGAUGUGUACCUAGGGGCAGAUGUGCAGGCCAUCACAGGGCUCUUAGCCAAUAUGGCUGUGGACCGCUCCGUUUCCGCGACACUGAGCGAUGCUCGGGAUGCCUUGGUCAAUGCAGUGAUAGAUUCUUUAGCUGCUUAUCGCUCAUCUGUGCUGAGCAUCCAACAGCCUGGGCUCACAGCUCCCUACUCACUGCGGCUCUUCCCGCUUUAUAUACUGGCACUCUUAAAACAGAAAGCAUUUCAAACUGGGACAAACACACGUUUGGAUGAACGCAUCUUUACCAUGUGUCAGGUGAAAAACCAGCCCCUUGUUUACCUCAUGCUCAUGACACAUCCCAGUCUAUACAGAGUCGAUAAUCUCACAGAUGAGGGGGCUCUUAACAUAAAUGACAGAACUAUACCUCAGCCGCCCCUUCUCCAGCUGUCAGUGGAGAAGCUGAGUAGGGAUGGUGCUUAUCUUAUGGAUGCUGGCUCUGUGAUGUUUCUGUGGAUCGGGAAGAACUGUGGGCAGGGCUUUAUCAGCCAUGUCCUUGGAGUUCCAAAUUAUGGCUCAAUACCACAGAAUAUGACACAUCUCCCAGAACUUGAAACAGCAGAAUCCAUCAGAACACGAGCUUUCAUUUCUUGGCUGAGAGAACAGAGACCUUUCUUUCCUAUACUAUAUAUAAUAAAGGAUGAGAGUCCAUUGAAAUCAAGUUUUCUGCAAAAUAUGAUUGAAGACAGAACAGAAUCAGCCUUAUCAUACUAUGAAUUCCUCCUUCAUAUACAGCAGCAAGUGAAUAAAUGAAACACUAGCCUUUGGCUUACUUCUUUAAGGAAAGAUUUUGCAGUAAAGAAUGAUUGUGCUUGUAAUACCUUCAUUAAAUCUGUGGCCUGAGGCAGUUGAUGAGAAGUUCUCACUGUGAUUUCAACGAACUAAAGCAAAUAAAGGACCACAUCUGAGAAUCAAAUGUGCAACUACAUAAUAUUGUACCUUAAAAAAAGAAUCAAACUGUUGGAACUGGUUGAGCACCUUUAAUUUGCUGCAAAUCGUGUUUUUACUAUAUAAAACCUCAUAAUACUGAUCAUGAUUUGCAGGGAAAUUUCUUCUAAGUGCAUCCAGUGAUUACAGACAGAGCAUCUCAAUGUUCAACUUAAUGCUUAAAGUAGCGAUGAAAGAAGUGUUCAUUCAUUGUGAAAUGAACAAAUGCUUAUGAAGUAUAGAAUCCAGUGCUUGGAUUGGAUUAUGGCUAAUAGGACUAAAGGUAAGCUUAACCUGGAUAAGGUGGCUGAAUUUGUUGAAGCUUUUAAUAAGUUAUUAUUCUAAUUUUAAAAACUGGGGAAGAGUGGGCCCUACAUGAGACAGAUUUUUAAAAGUCAUUGGCUGAGUUGGCAGCAAAAGUAGACUUAGGUAGAUGGUAAGCUUUGCCUUUCUUCAGUAGAAGUAAUAGUUUUAAUUUCAAUUAAUGGUGUGGGAGGGGAAGAGCAAGGAAGGUUAUCUCAGAUUUUGUUUGGUUUAUGUUCAGUAGACUUUUGUCUCUUGUUUACAUUAAGCAAAUAUUGGGCCCCUCAGAUCUGGUGUGUUUCUGAAGCAAAUUUGUUGGCAGCACUUCAGAUCAAAUGUUGGUCUGCAACACUGAAUAUUCUGACAUUAAAGUUGGAAAUUAUUUUUCCAAGAACAAAAUAAUUAUAUUACAUUUGAAGAUUUCGUAUAUGGUUCCAGACAUGCCUGAAGUUUUCCAAACAAAAGGUUUUUUGCUGCAGCUGUGUAAUGAGCCCAGGUCCAAGGCCACUGUGCACCAAAUAAAAGCUUUAAAUAUACUCUCAGAUCCUGCCAGAGAUACAGAUCAAAGCUGACAUCGGACUUGAAGUAAAAAUUUAUAUACAAAAAGUAUUUAAAUAAUUUUAUAGAAAUGUAUUGAUAAUUCUUCUGUUUUCAAGAUUAAGGUCUUAUUGAUAGUUACCAAUGUAAAGAGUAUUUAAGUUACUGUAUUCCAAUGCCCAUAGAAAUGUUGCGUAUGGAAAAAUCUUGGUUUGCUUUUUUGUUUAAUAGUGGUAAACUUAAAGGUCUUGCAAAACCUACUUUCUGGGGCGAGUAACUUGAAGAGGUAAAAGACUUGUGAGUGGUCAAAUGUACUGUGCUUAAGACAUUUAGGACAUAAAUGUCAGUAGGGUCAACAUUUGGGUAAAUAUUUGCUCCCAUUUCAGGCUGUAGCUGCUGGUGAUUGUCAGGAGUUGCCUUACUUUAGGGGAGGAGUUCCCUGGGAGAAAUUGUUCUUGUUGUUGAGCACAAGAAGCUAAAGUUCUUAGAACAAUGGCUAAAACAGCAUGAAAAGAUUAUUACAGAAUCAAUUUAAGCUUCCCUGUCUGCUGCCUCUGUAGCAAACAGGAAUAUAUUUACUUGAACUGCUUUUCAGAGAAUUGCACAGUUUCUAGUCAUAGUGAAGAGUUGUCUUUUAAGUUUUGACAGUCUGAUUUUUUUAUUUUUUUUUCCCAGGAAGGGGGAACGGGGUCUCUUCAUUUAAAAUCAUAAAUGGACUCUCUGCACUUGCAUAGGUUCUGCCCUAAACCUUGUGGUUUUGGGUAUGUUAUCACUCAGAUGUUGAAUUGAAAACCAUCCUUGCAUCAAAUAGCCCACCCCAAAGUCUGUUUCUUACUAUGACUGUAUUUUGCUACUAUAUCCUUUUUUUUUUAAGAAACAUAAAUACUGGAGAUGGCCUCAUUGCUUUAUGUACACCAGACUAAUGGCUGAAGGUGUCAGCCUUCAUGGCAGUUAACAAGUUUCAAUUUGAGUCCCUGUGAUUUACAGAGCAAAACAUGAUAAAUGAGUCAGAUGAACCCUCAGAGUUCUCUUCACUUUGGAAGAAAUUCUGUGUUGAACUUUGUUAGUUUGUUCCCUCGCAGUGGGGAAGGCCUGCUGGUUCACUUGUACUGCUGUAAUGGCAAUGCAGGGAACAUGAACACACACACUACCUGUGAUUGAUUUUUUACAUACAACUGAAAAAUGAGGCCACUGAAGAUGGAUUGCAAAAGUAGGCAAGAGUGGCUCUGGUACUUAGAUCUCCACACGACAACUCUGCCACUGUAAAUGCGUGGUAGAGGUGUGUUUCUCUUUGUAGUUGAACACGUUUUUUUAAACUAUUUGUGUUUGACACAUUAGUGUUCAGCCAACAUUGCUACCAUCCAUUUUACUUUGCUUUCAUUAUUGUUCUUAAAUUAAUACUUUUAAGUCCUCAUAGGCUGUGUUGCAAUAACUAGAAUGAUUCACUUUUAUUUAGAAUUAAUUUCUUAACAGAAUUUAAUCAAAGAUGCAGAAUGGCUGUUAAGGGACCAUUAAAUGUGAUUUUAAGGUUCUGUUUACUAUUAUGGAUGUAAUCCUUAUAGUAAAUUUAAUUUUGUAAAGUAGUGUAUAAUAUUGUAAUAUUAAAUCUUCGUUCUCUGAACUCAAAGAUUUGAUCUUCAGUAUGAAGUUAUAAAUCUUCCCCCUUCUGAAUUUGAGACAGGAUUUACUUGUCCUCCUUUUUACAGUUUGUAAUUUUCACUGUUUUAUUCCUGUAAAAAGUCAUUUAUAACACAUGCAAAUGCUUAUUUUAUCUGUGCUAAUUUAUCAGAUUUGGCUACUCAAUAAAAUUAAUUGAACAAACUCA